AAUCCAAGCAACUGCAUUCAGGAUUGAACUUGGUCGCGCUCUUUUCUCUGCUCACACUCCGACUGGACUGACUGACAGUCUGGGAGUUUGGAGACGUUGGACUGAAUAAGCAGAACGAAGCACCGCUUGUUGUUUCUCAGGUUCAGAGCUUUUGGAUUUACUCUUGGAGAUGCUGAACCAAACCCGAGUCGUCAACAAGGAGGACUUCCAGGCGCCAGAUUAGCCAAACACAUUAUCACCUACCUACCUCUUUAUUUAUUUCUUCAAUCGUUUCAAGAUCCAGUUUACAAACAUGGCAUUUUUAAUGAAGAAGAAAAAGUUUAAGUUUCAAGUCCAUUUUACUCUAGAGGAGCUGACAGCAGUGCCAUUUAUAAACGGGAUGCUCUUCUGUAAAAUUCGACUUCUGGAUGGAGGAGAUUUCGUUAUCUCUUCAUCAAGGCAGGAGGUGCAGGAGAACUGUGUUCGCUGGCGAAAGAAGUUCUCCUUUGUUUGCAAGAUGAGCGCCAAUCCUGCUACAGGGGUACUGGACCCAUGCAUCUGCCGAGUGUCUGUGCGAAAGGAACUCAAGGGAGGAAAGGCUUUUUUAAAGCUGGGCUUUGCUGACCUCAACAUGGCGGAGUUUGCGGGUUCAGGCUCCACUGUGCGCUGCUGUAUACUUGAGGGCUAUGACACCAAGAACACUCGGCAGGACAACUCCAUUCUGAAGGUUACUAUUGGGAUGACCCUUCUCUCUGGAGACCCCUGUUUUAAAACGCCUCUGUGUACGGCUAAGACCACAUUACUCGCCGGUCAGGACCCGUCUCUGCAGCUGGACUGUAAGGGAGAGGGCACCGACAUCACCUCCACCCAACCCACUGGCAUUAGCGCUGGCAUCACCACCAACCGGACACUCAAACCUAGAACCUGCUCAGGUCUACCAGAAGUGUUAGAUGAGAACCUCUCCAGCCCAGAAGAGUUUCACACUGGACACUCCAGGAAUUCCAGCUAUGCCAGCCAGCAGAGCAGAGUGUCAGGCUACAGCACAGAACAUUCAGGCUCAUCCAGCCUGACAGACCUCAGCCAGCACCGGCGCAACACGUCCACCAGCAGCAGCAACACAUCAGCGGGAACUCCAACGCCAACUGAGAACUCAGCAGAGCCGGAUAAAGAGCUGGUGAAACCAGAGAAACCUCCUCGUCCUCCACGUCCAGCCAUUCUCUCUAACCGGCCAUCUAGGAGAAAGAAGGACUCGGUGGAGAAUCACCCCACCUGGGUGGAUGACACACGCAUUGACGCUGACGACAUUGUGGAGAAGAUUGUCCAAAGUCAGGAUUUCGCUGAUGUCAGCAACAACGAAGACAGCAAUUUGCGACUGUUUGUCAGUAAGGACGGUACCACUGCACUUGGCGGCAUUCAGCUCGGCAACAGGGUGUCAGCGGGUGUGUUUGAGGCCGUCGUGAUCGAGAGUCAUUAAUCUUCUAGCAUCAGCAUCAUCCUUCUUAAAAGAGCAGAUGGCCACAAGUGAGGGAUGCCAAUGCAGAUCUUUCUCACUAAAGAAAUGAUUUUACUGCC